CUCAGACCUCCGGGCAUUGGCUGGUGGGGCGGCCAGGGACACGUGGUGCGGAACCGGCGCGUCUCCAAGGUCUGAAGUCUGCCUGAAAGAUGUCAGCCCUCAAAGCCAUCUUCCAGUACAUCGACAACAAUCAGGACCGCUAUGUCAAGAAACUUGCAGAAUGGGUGGCCAUCCAGAGCGUGUCCGCCUGGCCAGAGAAGAGAGGGGAGAUCAGAAGGAUGAUGGAGGUAGCCGCCGCGGAUAUCCAGAUGCUGGGGGGCUCCGUAGAGCUGGUGGAUAUCGGAAAGCAGAAGCUUCCGGAUGGCUCAGAGAUACCCCUUCCUCCCAUUCUGUUGGGUAAGCUGGGCAGCGAUCCCCAGAAGAAAACGGUGUGCAUUUAUGGGCACCUGGAUGUGCAGCCUGCGGCCCUGGAGGAUGGCUGGGACAGUGAGCCCUUCACCUUGGUGGAACGGGAAGGCAAGCUGUAUGGGAGAGGCUCGACGGAUGAUAAGGGGCCAGUGGCUGGCUGGAUGAAUGCCCUGGAAGCCUAUCAGAAGACUGGCCAGGAGAUUCCUGUCAACCUGCGGUUCUGCCUGGAAGGCAUGGAGGAAUCUGGCUCUGAAGGCCUGGAUGAGUUAAUUUUUGCCCAGAAAGAUAAGUUCUUCAAAGACGUGGACUACGUCUGCAUUUCCGACAACUACUGGCUGGGGAAGAAAAAGCCGUGCAUCACCUACGGCCUCAGAGGCAUCUGUUACUUCUUCAUUGAGGUGGAAUGCAGUGACAAAGACCUCCAUUCUGGGGUGUAUGGUGGCUCAGUGCACGAGGCCAUGACGGAUCUCAUUUCACUGAUGGGCUGCUUGGUAGACAAGAAGGGGAAAAUCCUCAUCCCCGGCAUCAACGAAGCCGUGGUUCCUGUGACAGAUGAAGAGUGCCAGCUCUAUGACCACAUUGACUUCGACAUGGAAGAGUUUGCCAAGGACGUCGGGGCUGUGACCCUUCUGCACAGCUGCAAGAAAGACAUCCUGAUGCACAGAUGGCGGUACCCGUCCCUGUCCCUCCAUGGAAUCGAAGGGGCCUUCUCUGGUUCAGGGGCCAAGACUGUGAUACCCAGAAAGGUGGUCGGCAAGUUCUCCAUCAGGCUCGUGCCAGACAUGGUGCCUGAGGCCGUCAGCGAGCAGGUUUCAAGUUACUUGUCCAAAAAGUUUGCUGAACUGCAGAGCCCCAACAAGUUCAAGGUGUACAUGGGCCAUGGUGGGAAGCCCUGGGUAUCUGACUUCAACCAUCCCCAUUACCAGGCUGGGAGAAGAGCCCUGAAAACAGUGUUUGGCGUUGAACCUGACUUGACCAGGGAAGGAGGCAGUAUUCCUGUGACCCUGACCUUUCAGGAGGCCACAGGCAAAAAUGUCAUGCUGUUGCCCGUGGGGUCAGCAGAUGAUGGGGCCCACUCCCAGAAUGAAAAGCUCAACAGGCACAACUACAUAGAAGGGACCAAGAUGCUGGCAGCUUACCUGUAUGAGGUGUCUCAGCUGAAGAACUGAGAAGUCUCAUUUUCUACAGAGUGCUUCCUGCCCGGGAAUGAUCUGCCCUUUGCCCCCUCUUCCUUCCAGCUUUCUUUGAAAAGCGGAAGUUUCUUUUCUCUGUCUCUCGGGUUACAGGCAAACUUGCAGGAAUGAAGACCAUGCCUCCAGCUGUCACCAGGGUAGAGUCAACUGUGUCAGACAGUUGAAAAAGUUCAGUCCUAAGGCUUUUUGGAGACAACUGACUGGCCCAAGUUCAGAGGAAGGAGUACUCAGAAGUGGUCAGUGUGACUUCCCCUCCAGAAAGUAGCCAGAAUCUAAGAGCCCCAAGUCUGUGAGAGGUACUGCCCGUCAUGGACUUGAAUGAAGAGGAUGGAUUGUUCUCUGCUUUCUGCCUUCCGUGAGCCUCACGACAUUCAGGAGCUUGUGCUAGGACAGUGCCAUGGUGACCCUCACUGUGUUCUGUAGCCCUUCUUAAGACCCUAGCUGAGCUCCGCUGGUGUCCCCUGCUGUUGAAGUCCCUCGGAAUCUGUCUAAAUGGCCCUAGUGGAAGCAUCAGUCCAGAGCCAGCUACCCUGCUAAUAAAGGUGACGAGGAGCCCCUGGA